AUGGGAUCAAUGCUUUUCUUCUAUCAAUUCUUGAGAAGACUUUAGGAUUCAUUUCAAUCAUCUCCAUCCUCGUAAUGCUCGUUGUCUACGCAACACUAGGUGUAAAAGGGUCUCAACUCACCAAGAUUCAAUUGAAUAUAGCUGUCAGUUCACUUGCUGGACAUGUCCUGUUUCUUUUCGGAAUGAAAGCUACAGGAAACCUGUUCGUUUGUGCGAUCAUAGCUGCCUGUCUUCAGUAUCUUUACACCGUCUACGCCCUGUGGUUGGUGGUCCAGACUGCUGUACUCUUCAAUACAUGUUAUCUACACGGUAAGCCUCGAGAUUCGAACAUCGCCCAACCAAUCCAGACGAAAGUACCGGAGAAGAGCAUUACGGAACCUAUCCGAUUGACCAGGAUAUUUCUCCUUGUCUGGGGUGGAUCAUUGCUAUUGGUUGGUCUCCUGUACAAGGAAAUUCCACAUGGAUUUGGAACCCCAGAAAGUUGCUGGCUAGUCGAGAAGGUUGAUGUGUACAUCAUCUUCAUCUCCCUCAUCACAGUAGCGCUAGUGAUCAACUUCGUGCUCGCCAUUUUGACGGUGGUGUAUCUUAUUAAGAUUGAUGAUAAGCCUACUGAGCACAUCGAUGGCUACGCAGAAUGGACCGAGAAACUAAGGAACAGAGUCAGUCUUUGUCUGUCAUCAUCACUCGUCCUCUCAUUCGUUCUCGUGAUGGCCUGGUCCUCGCAUGCCCUGCUCGUCUUCAAGUCCAUCAUCGCUUUCGAUUACCUCUUCAUCAUGUUCAACAUGAUUCAGGGUUUUCUGAUUUUUGUAUUCUACUGUCCUGUGAAUCCAGAGGUACGUGCUGCUAUCUUCCGAACCAAAAGCUCAGAUGAAGACGAAAAGAAAGACAGCGAUGAUGAACAAAAUAACUGAUUUGAUAUAAAAAAAAAUAUUCAAAAGGAAAACGUCAUUAGCUCUACCCUCCAUACACUCAAUCAAUUAUUUUCAUUGAGUAAAAUAUCCGAGUGGAAUUUCGAAAAGAAGAAGCCCACAUCCCGCUCAUCAACCAAGUUGUAACAUUUUGUUAUUUUUACGUUAACUACCAAAACGGAAUGCACCUAGGAAGUUGUGAUAAUGAAAUUAUGAUUAUUGUUAAUUCGCUUUUGUUCUAAAUUCAUUAUUUACUAUUUACACGUUUUGUCUUUAUCCCAUCUUUUCGCAAAUUUGAGAUGAGUUUUUUCAUUGUUUGGAGAAAAGAUUUUGUAUUCAACAUGACAGGAAUAUUAUAGUAAAAGCAAUUAUUGAAUAUAAGUACAGGUAUAGAUUUCUGAGUAGUCUCAGGUGCGUGGCUAAACAAAUGAAACUCUGGGGUUCGAUUUCUGCUCGGCUAUAAUUAUGGAGUUUAGAAAUACUGCAAGGCUCUGGGAAAUAAAUGCUCAACUCAGGGGCCUCGAAACGGUUUUGAAAGCUUUGGGGCUCACCAUGCAAAAAAUCACAAUAAGAUGCUAAUUUUUUACGUUUUUGUAUACGGUCUCGGAAAAAAGUGGGGGCUGAAUCAAAUGGGUUUUUAUAGCAAUGUUGAAACAAUCGAUGUUUGAAAUACUAGUACUACGAAUGGAAUAUGGCAACUGAUUCCACAACGAUGGCCUAGCAUGUGCAAAUGGUCCUAGUUUGUAAGAAUCCUGCCUGAGUUUCAGGUCACAUGACUAAGGUCAAAGGUCAUUUAGGGUCAAUGAACUUAGACCAUGUUAGGGGAAUCAACAUCAAAGUCUUAACCUAAGGUUAAGUUUUUGAAAUGUCAUCAUAACUUGGAAAGUAUAUAAAUCUAGUUCGUGAAACUUGGACAUAAGGAUAAUUAUGGAUUACUAAAUAUCCUGCCUGAGUUUCAAAUCACAUGAUUAAUGUCAAAGGUCAUUUAGCGUCAAUCAACUCUGGCCAAGUUGGGUUUAUUUGUGGAAUUACCAUCAUAACUUUAAAAGUUUAUGGAUCUAUUCCAUAAAACUUGGACAUAAGAAUAAUAAAGUAUCACUAAACAUACCGUGCGGGUUUCAGGUCAUUUAAGGUCAAUGAACUUUGGCCAUGUUGGGGGUGUUUGUUGAAUUACCAUCAUAGAUCUGAAAGUUAAUGGAUUUAGUUCAUAAAACUUGGAGUAAUCAAGUAUCACUGAACAUCCCGUGCGAGUUUCAGGUCACAUAAACAAAGUCAAAUGUCAUUUUCAGUAAACUUUGGCCAUGUUUGGGGCAAUUGUUGAAUUGCCAUCAAAACUUUGAAAGUUUAUGGAUAUAGUUCAUGAAAUGUGGACAUUGGGGUAAUCAAGUAUCACUGACAAGUCUUAGGUCACAUGAUCAAGGUCAAAUGUCAUUUAGGGUAAAUUAACGUAGUAUUAUAUCAUUAUGAAUGGGGUUUUUUUUAUAAUUAUUUUACAGUAGAUUUCAAAGUCAGCACUCCUGCUAUAUUUAAUCGCGUAAUGCAGGCGAGACUGCCAGAGGCGCUCCACUUGUUACCGUGAAUCAAUUAAACGAGAAUUCUAUAGGAACCAUUGUUACCAAAUUGUGGACAUGUUAUUAAAAUAAUGUAUACUGAACUAUCAUUUCAUUUCAUUCGAUUUUAAUUCCAAUGACAAUGCUGACCUUGUAACAAAUAGAAAACGCCACCAACCAAUAAAAUGUUUAUUGUUAGAAAUUUAGAUUUUAAAAAAUACAUUAUAUUGUAAUAUUGUUUAAACUGAUCUAGAUGUUCAUUGUAUAUAUUUGAAUAGCACAAACGAACAUACAUAUAUUAUAUGAAAAUACAAGACAGGCAAUAUUUACAGAUGGUUUUAUGGAUCAUUCACCUGUAUGUAGGGAUGUUUUGUUACUGAAUGCACUUUGAAUUUUUGCUUAACCAAGAAAGCUCAACAUGAAUAAGAUAUGGAUAUCGAUAAAGUUGUCUAUCGUAAUAUUUCAAAUACAUGUAUUACAUUUCAACCGACCUUUCUCCUCUCAACUGACUGACGAGUAAUUCCUCAAAAAGCUGUAUUACAUUUCAAAUGAAUGAAAAUGCUUCCGCAUUAUUGAUACCAACACGAGAAAUAGAGGGUGAGUGAGUGAGUUAGUGAUAUCCUCGACUCUCUCAUUUGCACAAGGGCGGAAAUCUGUUCCAAAAGGUAGGGGGGACCAGGGGCUGGAAAAUUUGACUUAAAAAAAGGGGGGAAAGGGUUCUUUUUGUACCACCCCAAAUGGCAGGUCAUUUCGAUCUAAAUAAAUUUGACAAGCAAAAUUUUAAAAAAAAAGGUUAUCACCCAAAAAGUAAUGUCAUUGCGUCCAAAAUACAUCUUUUGUUUCGAUAUUGAAUGAUGUAUUUCUUUCCAUUAUAAAUGCCAAAAAAAUAGUAAGGGGGACAUUUGAUAUUGCCCCCCAACUAUUUUGGGUAGUGGGGACACGUCACCGUGUCCCCCUGGGAUUUCCGCCCAUGCAUUUGCAUAUAAAUGUGUCGUGCAUAUCAUCACUAGUGCAUAUAACUGUUUUGUUUUUAAAUGGUUUAACUCUCUUACAUCCGAUUCUAUGCGAUCUCUGGUCCACCGACCUUUCUCCUCUCAACUGACUGACGAGUAAUUCCUCAAAAAGCUGUAUUACAUUUCAAAUGAAUGAAAAUGCUUCCGCAUUAUUGAUACCAACGUGUAUACGUGUUUUAAAAAAUCAGAAUAUAUAAUUGAACUGAAAAAAAAUAUUUUAUUCGUCUUUGAUGUCAUGAUAUUUCAAAUGUUUCAAAUUCUUGUCAUUGUAUUCUCUUUGCUGGUGAUACAAGUAUAUUUCUUUCAAACGAAGAUCUACAGACGCUUCAGUCAACAUUCAAUCAAGUAAUCAUUAUAAGUUCCCAAUGGUUAUAUGAAUACAAAUUCUAGUUUCAUGGUGUUCUCAAAUAAAAUGUAUAGUACUAACAAUAUCUUAAUAAUUCUAAAGUGAACCAGGUAUCUUCAUUUAAAUCCCUUGGUAUAAUGAUUGAUAAUAAAUUGAAAAGGACUAAUCACGUUAAUCUCACUUGUAAAACUCUAUUUAAAAAUAUCAGUGUCAUGUAUAAACUUUAAAACUUUCCUAAGACCUUCUUAUAGAUAAUAUAUCAUUCAAUUAAUUAUCAUUGUAUGGGUAACACAUCUGUUACCUCAAAAGAUAGAAUUAUUAAAUCAUAAAACGUGCAGUUAGAAUUAUUUACCAUGCCUCAUUUCUUGCCCACACAUCAACUAUAUUUUCUUGCUCAAAAUAAUGCAGCUUAAUUAUUUAGAUGUAUGUCAGUUAGGAAUAGGACUUUUUUAUCAUAAAAAAAUUAUCCCCGACUCGCUACUUAUAUUGAUUUAAAUUGAGAUAUGCAUAAACAUACCUGCUAAGCAACAUUUUAUAAAUUGUUCUAAUGUAUAUAUUGUAUUUUAUGUAUGAAUAUGUAUGACUGAUAUUCAAGUUUAUCACUGACUAGAUUAGCAUACAUUAUGU